GAGCCCCUCGAAAUGAUUCUACCGCGGCAGAAACCUGCUCUAUACCCAACUUCCCCCAACUUUCCCGAAUACCGCCACUGGGCUCUACCCUGGCUCUGUUUCUCGACCGACCGACCGACCUACCGAUGGAUCGAUAGAUGGCUACCGCUGCUACUGCUACUGCUGCUCUAUACCCCUUCUUUUCGUAUUCUUCUGAGAUCCCUUGAUGCAUGCGUGCGCAGUGCGUACCUGCGAAAGAUCUUGCUUGGUCGUGCAUCCAUUGGUCUUCCUGUCUCCCGUUUCCACUCUCUUCUUUCUGCCGCGCUGCUGCUGCUGCUGCUCCGUCUCGACUUGCUUCGCAUGCUUCCUUCGCCUUUCUUACUCUUCCUCGAAUCUGUCUUUUUUAGGUGUUUUCUCGAUCACCCGUUCUCUAUCAAUACCCAUUUCGAUGUCUUGCGCUGCUAUCGAAUCCCUAGUGUGAUCUUGCAAUUCGGUGUGGGUCUCUACGCUCCUCUUCUUU